CUCUGGCGGUUUGCCAGGUUGUGCAUUCUGUUUCUCUUGAUGUUUCCAAAGACUAUGCAAAUGUGGAGAAGUUGCUUAAACAAGCUCAAGAAAAGCUGGGUCCUGUUGACAUGCUUGUUAACUGUGCUGGAACAUCAAUAAAUGGAAAAUUUGAAGAUAUUGAUACCUGUAUAUUUGAGCAAUUAAUGGCUGUCAACUACCUGGGUAGUGUUUACCCAACUCGUGCAGUAGUUGCUAAAAUGAAGGAGAGAAGAAAGGGGAGGAUUGUGUUUGUCUCAUCUCAGGCUGGGCAAAUUGGCAUAUUUGGCUACUCAGCUUAUUCUGCAACAAAAUAUGCUCUUAGAGGAUUAGCUGAAUCUUUACAUAUGGAGGUAAAGCCAUAUAAUAUCUGUGUAACCGUUGCCUAUCCUCCAGAUACAGACACACCUGGCUUUGCACAGGAAAAUCAGAACAAGGUUUUGGAAACCAAGCUUAUUUCAGAAGCAUCAUCAAUCUGCCAACCUGAUUAUGUUGCCAAAAUUAUUGUUAAGGAUGCUGUCGAAGGAAAAUUUGCUAGUUCUGUUGGUACUGAUGGUCACAUGCUGAGAAUAUUGACUAAUGGAAUGGCACCAGUCUCUUCCAUUGCUGAAAUCCUAGAAUCGAUUAUCUUCUUGGGCAUUUUUCGCUUACUUAGCCUAUAUUUUAUAGCAGGUUUUGACAACAUUGUUCGCCGUUGCAUGGUAGAAAAAGAGAAAACUGAAAAGACAGACUGAAGCAGAACAGUGCUUUGAACUGAAUCCUGUUUCAAAAGAUGGACAGUUUGUUGUUAAAUAGGACCUGUGGUCUGAAUAUGCCUCAUAGAAAUAUACAUGCUGAAGUGAUGGUAAUCUUCAGUGGUGAAAGAAGGAAACAAAUGGACAAUUCCAGAAAAAGUGUUAAUGAAGAAGAUUGCUGCUUUCAUUUUCUAUUAUUUGAAAUAAUAGAUUAUUGCCUUAGAAAUGAAUUUAUGAAAGAGCAGAGCUUUAGAGUGCCCUUUUUGCUGGUAAUUCUGCACAAAUAUAUUGUUUUAGCAGUGUUGAAGGAUUUAUUUGCCAUUGGCCACGUCACCCUCCCUCCCAAAAAAAGCCCAACCUUAACCCUAACCCUGGACAAUAUAGGGUUGGCUAACCAAAUCAGUUAACAUUAACAAAUUUAACAAAUUAAUCAGUUAACAAAUUAAUCAGUCUUACAGUUAAUGUGUUUCUAAGAUUUAGUGCUGUUUUCUUUCACACAGCUCUACUGCCUCAGAUCUUAUUGAGAGGGCCCAAUUCAUGCAUUGUUCUGGCAGUGUAGUUUUGGCCAGACAUCUGCAUCAUACAAAUCUUGGGCUUCUCAUAGCUGGGCCCCAAUGCCAAAUGGUUCUAACAAUUAGGCAAAUUAGUCCAGAAGCAAAACUGGCAACAAAUAAAAGUAUUUCACCUUGAGAUAAUAUAUUGAUUGGACCAGUCUUUUUGUGUUAAUUUUCAGUAUCAUAUAUGACUUCAUUGUCAGAGUAUUUUCAAUAAGAUAUGGGCUGUAUAGAAACAUAGCUCCAAACCCUUAUUUUGCAGCUCCCAGAAGUCAUGCAAUUGAGUUAUCUGCCCAUGCUGAUGCUUUAAAUAAACAAAAGCUCUCUUUUUACAAUUUAAGUUGUAGUUAGUUAUGUGAAGACUACUACAUCAAGUUGGAAAACCAACCUUUCAAUCCAUCUAUAGGAAAAUUCCAUUGGAUUUAAUAUACCAGUCAAGAAUUCCUCCUAUGAGUUCUUGAGACCUGGUCUGAUAAAAUAUGGUAAGUUUUGUGAAAUAUUCAUUCUGUUUUAUUAAGCACUGUACCUUGAUGCCAGAGCUUUAUUAAUAUGUUCUAAGUUCCCUGUAUGGGAACAAUGAAGAAUGUUUUAACUAUAACAAAUCUUCGGGAAAAAUGAAGGACCCAUUAUUCACUGAGAAACUGGGAUGUGUGUGUUUUUUCUGUUUAUGCCUUAUGCCUUGACUAUAAGUAAAACAAAUGUAAAGUGUUAGUACAUAUAAUCAUUGUCUGUAAUUUAGUUCAUGCUUAUUUUUUGCUAGCUCAAGUAAGAGGCAGAGGUGGGUUUACAUUGUAUUAUACAAAUGGAAAUGAGUAAGUUGGAUGCUUGAUACUCUUAAACAUAACAUGCCUGGGUUUAUCCUAUGUGGUAAUGUCACUUGCAAUAUUACCUUAAGGUUUUAAACGUAGUAUCUCAACUUUGUUAACUAUGUGAAAGAACCCUUUAGUGAAAUUGUUUUAUUGUGUAUACUUUCAUUGGUUCCCAUUGUUUGCUGAUUUCAGAAAACAGCUUUCUUCAACAGCUUCAUAAAUCAUUUCUGCUGUAUUUGUCAUUUCCAAAUAUCUAAGAUAGCUCCUGCAAGAAACUCAGUAUGUUUAUUAUUUGCUUAACAGAGAAAGUUUGAGCCAGAAGCCUUCCACUGUGAUUUUAAAAAUAGGAUAAAAAUAAAGGGAAGGUUGAAGAGAAAGAGGAGCUCAACUUUUUAAUGUUACUUGAAAAUAUCUUGUGGGCCAUAACAAUUCAACAGCUUCUGGUUCAAGUCCGCUAACAAGUCUUCUAAAUUUCAAUAACAUUUUAAAUCCUUAUAACCAAUUCAAUUAAACAACAGCUCAUAAAUA